AUGCCGUGGAUUGCUUGGGAUUCCAUGAUGCGGCCCAAAUCGCACGGUGGCAUCGGCUUCAGAGACAUGCAACUUUUCAAUCAAGCACUCCUUGCAAAGCAAUCUUGGAGGCUGAUACAGAACCCGGACAUCCUUUGUGCAAGAGUGCUCCGCACGAAAUACUACCCUGAAGGAAAUAUUGCUGACACAGUUUUUACUGGAAAUGCUUCCUCCUCAUGGAAGGCAAUUGAGUUUGGCCUUGAGCUCCUCCAGAAGGGGAUCGUCUGGCGAGUUGGCAAUGGAACAAAGAUUAGAAUUUGGCGUGAUCCUGGAUCCCUCGUGACCUCAUAA